GGGCGGCGGGAGCGGUGCGGUCGGGAUCGGCAGCGCUAUCAGCAGCGGCAGCGAUAUCAGUAACGGCCGCGGUAACGGCACCGCCAUCGGCAGCGCUAUCAGCAUCGGCAGCGGUACCGAGCGACGAUGUGAGCCCCGGUCCCGGGCAUGGCCGAGCCCGCCGGAGGGGCCGGGCAGCGCCCGCCGCCCGCGGGGCGCAGGAGGUGACGGACUCCCCAUGAGAGCCCCCAGCAGGUGAGGCUCCUGUGGUGGUGGUUUUAAUAGAAUUUCACUGCACGAGCAGCAGGUUGACCCUCCCCAACCCUGCGGUUUGAGUGGUUUCAUCCCCACGAGGGGAGGAUAAUCCUCCCUGGACCCAGCUUAACGUGGGGAUUCCCCAGGCACAAGUUGCAGCUGGAUUUGGCUCUUCCACACCCUGGAGUCUGCCCAGCCUCUGUCAACAGCAUUUCUUUCCCCCUCAUAAAUUCCGGGGGAUUGUUCUCCUCUUCAGAGGGGGACGUGGAGACUUGUCCAGCCUGGCAUGGGGACAGUGGGCCAGGCUGGGGGUGACCACACGCCUUGCAGGUGCUCACGGGACGCCGGCGAUCGCUGUGUGCUGAGGCUGGCACAGAGACAUGAGUGGCAACACGAGCCAGCGCGCCGCCGCCCUGGGGGUCCUCUUUGCCCUGAUCAUGUUGCUGAUCAUCUACAGCUCCGGCAACGGGAGCGAGGUGUUCCCCUACAGCCGCCUGCGGGGCAGAGCCCGCCGGCCCCCCGACCUCAAGAAGUGGGGGGUGAAAAGCGGGUACCUGCCUGUCUGUGGGAACAAGACCCUGACUGCCCGCUGCCACCAAUGCGUCAUUGUCACCAGCUCCAGCCACCUCCUGGGCACCCACCUGGGCACGGCCAUCGACGGGGCUGAGUGCACCAUCCGCAUGAACGAUGCUCCCACCACGGGCUACAGUGCUGAUGUGGGCAAUAAGACCAGCUUCCGUGUGGUGGCCCACUCCAGCCUCUACCGUGUCCUCAAGCGGCCCCAGGAGUUCGUCAACAAGACCCCAGAGACGAUGUUCAUCUUCUGGGGGCCGCCCACCAAGAUGCAGAAGAGCCUCCUGAAGAUCAUCCAGCGCGUCUGCGCCUCGUUCCCCAACAUGACAGCCUACGUUGUCUCCCCCAGCCGCAUGAAGCAGUUUGAUGACCUGUUUCGGGGAGAGACAGGGAAGGACAGGGAGAAGUCUCGCUCGUGGCUCAGCACUGGCUGGUUCACCAUGGUGAUCGCGGUGGAGCUGUGUGACGCCAUCCACGUCUAUGGCAUGGUGCCACCCAGCUACUGCGGCCGCCACCCCCCACCCCGCCGCCUGCCCUACCACUACUACGAGCCCAAGGGCCCCGACGAGUGCACAACCUACAUCCACAACGAGCGGAGCCGCCGCGGCAACCACCACCGCUUCAUCACGGAGAAGAGAGUCUUUGCCAGCUGGGCCAGCCUCUACAACAUCACCUUCUCCCACCCCACCUGGACCUAGGGGCUGCCCCACGCCUGCUGGGCACCUGGGAUGGAUGGGGGGUCCCCUGCAUCCCCCUGGCAGUGGUGGGAUCAGGUGCCCCCAGCUGCCUCCCACAGGACCACUGCUGUUGUGCAUGGUGGCUCCUGGCACCUGGGAUGUGUUGGGUUUUGAGCUGGGUUUUGGACCAGGUGGUGAAUGUAAAACUUGGGGUGUCCCCCCUCCAUGUGCAGGAUACUUGGGGGUGAUAUCCUGCCCCAUCCUGGUCCAUGCACAUUGUAGCCCCUGUGAGGGUGUAAGGGGGUUCCAGGUCCCCUCGGCUCAGUUUUGGUUUGCAAAGCUUCUGGGGUCACCACAGAGACUCUUUCCCUUAAACAUUUGGAUGAGGAGACCCCUUUUGGAGCUCAGCCCCCCCCUGCCAUCCCGAGCCCCUCAUCCCAGUCCUCAGUCAUCCUUCCCACAGCAAAACCCCACAGUUUCUGGUGGGACCCCACAGGGGUGACAUUACCACCCUCCCUGUCCCAGCA